UUUCAGCAAGGUAACAAAGAAUACAGACAAGGAGAUUUUCAUAGAGCGCUACAACUGUACACUGAAGGACUUCAACUAAACUGCAAAGAUAAUCGGCUGACAGCCAGACUCUACAAUAACAGGGCAGCAGCUCAUUUCCGUUUAAGUAUGGAAUUUCAACGUUCAAUUAUUUAUAGUUUACUUAAAAGUUCAUCUUCAAAAAGAGUCAUGUGCUCCCUUUUUACGCUAAUUUUUCUGAUCGUUUAUCUAUCACUCCGAAUGACUUAAAGGACUUCCAGUAAUAUAACGGCUACUCAAGAUAAAGACUCCAAAUCUUGUGACCUAUAAUAAACCGAAAUCCCCGAGAAGAGCUUUAUAUCAGUCACGACCCUCUUUAAUUUCACGUCGAGCGUUCAAGUUCAAGUUUUAGGUCCUAAUGGUAAAAAAGGGGAAAAUUAAUAAACCAAUCCCGUUAUCACCUGCACUUCCCAUAUGUAUUCUCCCCACCAAAUCCUCCCUCCUCCCCCAACCGCGUUAUCGAAGGUUAUAUGAGGGGGCCCAAGUCUUUUUAAGGUGAAAGAAAACCCGGAAUUAGUUGUAAAGAGGCCUGUUGAAAGCGAAUCUGUUACUCUUUUUGCAAUUCUAUCGAAUGCAAAUGACCGGUUAGCUCUAAAUCCCUCUUUUAGAAAACUUUGAAAACAGCCUAGAUGAUGCCACAGUUGCUGUACAAUUGGAGCCAACUUUCAUCAAAGCCUUGGAGAAAGGUGAGUUUAAUUUUAGUCGCCUUUCAGUGGCGAUAGCUCCCUGGCUACGUACGUUGAAGUAGAUGUUUCUGGUUCAAAUCUACGCGGUCACGCACCAUAAAUCUUCAUUUGUGAAUUGAAAAUGCCAAUAUUUUGGCUUCUUAAAGAAGGCACUUAGCUAUUUAUCACUAAUCCUUAUUUUUAUAGGAGCUGAAGCUUGUGUGCAGCUUAAGUUGUAUGAUGAAGCAAAGAUCUGGUGUCAUAAAGGAUUGGCCGUAUCCUUUGAAAAAUACAUUCGUUUCUAAGACGUAAAAAAACUCCAGUGAUUACCACUUUAAGCUAACUAAGAAAAUCUAGUGCAAAUUUAAGACGUCCAAUGAUUUUCAAAUUUUUCAAUUUUGAUUUAAAAGCUGAAUUUUCGGUGGUCUCUAGCUGUCAGUUUCAGUCACUUUUCCCGGUGAAAUAUGAGUAUGAUUUAUGUUAAUGCCAUUAAAACCAGUUCUUACACCAUUUCCUGCUAACAACGCAAACGAUAUAACCCGAAAUAACUAACGACAAAUAGUAAAAGACUUUCCCAAGAUGAUAUAUUACUAUAGAAUGGAUAUGAUCGUACCAUGCGGCUAUUAAUGAUGCCAAACACUGACAGCUGUUAAUGUCUUUUCCAAAAGGCAACGCGACGAAAGGCACUGCUUGUCGCCGUUGAGAAUCUGACAUGUGAAAGAAAAUUCUAUCUUAUCAGCAGCCUCGCUAAGAUUCAUGUUUGUCCAGUUUUUCACACGUUAAUGAUUCGAACUUGUUAUUCAAACAAAUUGCCCUGCGGACGUUUCAAAUUCCCCAGUAUUUUACAAAUGUACACGAGGAAGAGGCAGUCAGCGUUCCGAGCUCAUUAUUAUCAUUAUUAUCUGUCCUUCCCCCUCUCUCUCUCUCCUAAUGGAAUCAAGACUCUCCCUCUGGUGACCAGUAAUUGUAAUGCGUUGUAUUAAAUUGCAUCUUGCUCACUUUCAUUGUUUUGAAAUCUUUUAGUUCCUCGAGAACAUAGCUAUUUCGGGGGCGUUUCCAAUAUCAUCUUAUCUGCCCUCUUAACUCGGCACCAGGUCUCGGAAAGAGACAGCGAGCAAGUUAACUAUUCAGUCACUGUAUCCUCCCCCAUUUUGAGAUAAAAACGAUGCUGCUGAAUAAAUAAUGAUAUCAAUUACAAAUGAAAUGUAUAAAUCCAACUGUUUCAAAAGGUCAUCACACUCAGUGAAAAACCAAGUGAGCUUGAAGGAAAAAUGCUGUUGCUCAGCUCUUUAAUUUCUUGAUCUUCUGUCGUUCCUGGUCUCUUAUCCCGUCUACAUUAAAAGGUUCCCUUUGGAUCGUGCACACGCGUUACACUGGGUAACGUAGUAAUUAGGAUCUUUUAAUCUCCUUGUCAUCAUGAUUCUUGUGUUUUCACAGUUUUAUCGCAAUAUCUUAUGAUUUGUUCAGGAAUGUUAUCCAAAACCAAAGCCUCCUCAGCUGUUUUCCUUCCUUUCUUAAACGGCUUGGUCCAACCCUCAUCAACAUUCAUUUCCUUUUUGUCUGGCUAUUACGGUUGUAUCUAAUCGUCUUUCUUAGUCUGUGUGACGAUAAAAGCCCUGAUCCACUCGAUUUCCUUCAUAGCUCGUUAUUGGUGGUCCCUUAAUUGCUCUUAAAUUGAAAAGACUUUGAAACUUCUUGUCAGUCAUGAUUGCCCUUUUCCUUGUGUCCCACCGAAACAUAACAUAAUCCUUCAUUAUUCAACCUUGUUGAUUACAUUCUUUUUUACUCAGUAGUCUUUGGAACGCUGCUCUUUUACGAACGUUGUUUUUUUUCUUGAAGUGAAUGGAUACGGUUUCACUUCGUAAAAAUUAAUGUAAAUGAGCAUGGAGUAACAAGUAAGGAACCGAUAUUUUAGGCAAGGCGAACAAUUAGAAAUGAAAAAAGGGGGUAAGUUUCCAAAGAAACUGUGGUGCUGCGUCGGUGGGAGAGUAUAGCAGGUAAUUUAGUGUUAACAACUGAGUUGGAAACGUAAAUUAGCCACCGUAAAGAGUUAAAAGGCUGAACAAUUAAAAAAUCUGACAAGUGUGCGACUUAAUCGAAUUACUGUGUGAACUGCAAAGCAAAGUUAUCAAGAUUGACAAUUUUGUAAGAAAGGUGCUUUCGUCGAGUUCUCGAAAGCCGAAAAGGCACUCUGCAGGUAGAAGUCUUGCAGUGUCUAAUAGACUUUCUCCUAAAAACUGGAUGAAACACCCUCCCUAAGCAUUCCACCUUUCCUCUCAGCAGUGUCAUUUGACUUAACGCAUUGAAGAUGGACGAUAAUAGUAAAAGGUUGCGUCAUCUAUUAAACAAGUGUGGUAGUGAGACAAUCGCAUCCGGCGAGAUAAAGCCACAGCAAGUAAAGGUAAAUCUGACCACCAUUACCUGAAUUUUUCUUUAAAUAGAACUGAUUAGGCAACCAGAAACUCUAAAGAGGUUAAAACGUGCAUCUCGAGUUUACAGGUCUUGGUCGAGGGGCCAGUAACGAAAAUCACGAAAUUAUAUCGCUUAAUCGUUACGACCGCAGGGGCCAAUAUUUUUCCAGUACUCACUCAAAUAAAAUCAUCAAAACGAAGUUAGCCAAAUCCCGAAGUCUUCUAAAAUAUACGUACGUUCUAAAGAUUAUAAAUCGAAAAAUUCUUAUGGCUAGAACAAAAGCCUACCUCUCUGUCUCUGUAUUUUCUUUGGAGUCUAGUCACUUUCACAAACUUAAGAACCUCGUUGAAAAUCCACAUCCAGGAAGGAAUUCAGAGGAAUUCUGUGCGAGUGGUUCUCAUGGCCCAAUUACAGAGGUGUAAUAGGGAAAAUACUUAUUUCUGGCCUUUUUUAAAGACCUCGUUCGAACCUAAAACCUAGGGACUAAAUAAGUGCGUAAUAAAACUUAGCGACACAUUUCCAAACCAUAAGGGAAACUCAAACCAGGAAAGGAGAUGAAUUUUAUUCGUUUGUUUGAUCGCGACAUUUCUACUGCAAUACUGCUAGUCUUCAUUAGGCAGUGAGGUCGCUUGUUUACGUGUCGCUAUUUGUAGCGCGUUGCUUCGUUGCUAUUGGUGCAUUUCGAUCCUCAUUAUUAUUCCGGUUGUUAGAUGGUGUUCCCCCAUAGGUCCUCAUAAAUCGGCUGUUGUGGAGUCUGAUCGUCGAAUAGACACUUAACAAUACCACUCUGCACUGACUGAGGUUGGUGGGUGAAUCCCUCCACUGGUACACACGUAGGGUUAAAGAGGCUAUCCAUAUAAGAUUUCAUCUAAACAACAUCAGUGGAGAUAGUGGAAUCAAAAUUCACGAAGCUUGGAUACUCACGAUCAAACAACACAAUAGCCGAUCAAAGAGGACCUAUGAGGGAACAUCAUCUAACAACCGGAAUACUAAUGAGGAUCGAAAUGCACCAAUAGCAGCCGACUAACGUGCUACAAAUGGCUUAAGGGGUAAGUUGGCCACCGUAUAGAGUUAAAAGGCAGACGUUCAGAGCGUCAGAGCAAUGAAGAAUAGCAGCAUUGCAGUGGAAUCGUCGCGAUCAACAUCCAAAGUGACUUUAUCGUGAAACAAAGGAAUUAAUUUCAUCUUUUAUCUUACACCACGAUGAACAGAAAACUUAUUUUAUUACAUCAAACCAGGAAGUAGAAAUUGCCAAAAAUCUGGGAGACAAGACUGGAGAAGGAAGGAGUUAUGGCAACCUUGGCAAUGCUUAUCUUGGUCUAGGACAGUUCAAAACAGCCAUCGACUACCAUAAACGUCUUCUAGAAAUUGCCAAAGAAGUGGGAGACAAGGCUGGAGAAGGAAGGAGUUAUGGCAACCUUGGCAGUGAUUAUCAUUGUCUAGGACAGUUCAAAACAGCCAUCGACUACCAUAAACAACAUCUAGAAAUUGCCAAAGAAGUGGGAGACAAGGCUGGAGAAGGAGCGAGUUAUGGCAAUCUUGGCAAUGCUUAUUGUAGGCUAGGACAGUUCAAAACAGCCAUCGACUACCAUAAACAACAUCUAGAAAUUGCCAAAGAGGUGGGAGACAAGGCUGGAGAAGGAGGGAGUUAUAACAACCUUGGCAAUGCUUAUCUUGGUCUAGGACAGUUCAAAACAGCCAUCGACUACCAUAUACAACAUCUAGAAAUUGCCAGAGAAGUGGGAGACAAGGCUGGAGAAGGAAGGAGUUAUGGCAACCUUGGCAAUGCUUAUCUUGGUCUAGGACAGUUCAAAACAGCCAUCGACUACCAUAAACAACAUCUAGAAAUUGCCAAAGAGGUGGGAGACAAGGCUGGAGAAGGAGGGAGUUAUAACAACCUUGGCAAUGCUUAUCUUGGUCUAGGACAGUUCAAAACAGCCAUCGACUACCAUAUACAACAUCUAGAAAUUGCCAAAGAAGUGGGAGACAAGGCUGGAGAAGGAGCGAGUUAUGGCAACCUUGGCAAUCCUUAUCGUAGUCUAGGACAGUUCAAAACAGCCAUCGACUACCAUAAACAACAUCUAGAAAUUGCCAAAGAGGUGGGAGACAAGGCUGGAGAAGGAAGGAGUUAUGGCAACCUUGGCAGUGAUUAUCAUUGUCUAGGACAGUUCAAAACAGCCAUCGACUACCAUAAACAACAUCUAGAAAUUGCCAAAGAAGUGGGAGACAAGGCUGGAGAAGGAAGGAGUUAUGGCAAUCUUGGCAAUGCUUAUCUUGGUCUAGGACAGUUCAAAACAGCCAUCGACUACCAUAAACAACAUCUAGAAAUUGCCAAAGAGGUGGGAGACAAGGCUGGAGAAGGAAUGAGUUAUGGCAACCUUGGCAGUGCUUAUCUUGGUCUAGGACAGUUCAAAACAGCCAUCGACUACUAUAAACAAGAUCUAGAAAUUGCCAAAGAAGUGGGAGACAAGGCUGGAGAAGGAGCGAGUUAUGGCAACCUUGGCAGUGCUUAUGGUAGUCUAGGACAGUUCAAAACAGCCAUCGACUACCAUAAACAACAUCUAGAAAUUGUUAAAGAAGUGGGAGACAAGGCUGGAGAAGGAAGGAGUUAUGGCAACCUUGGCAGUGAUUAUCAUUGUCUAGGACAGUUCAAAACAGCCAUCGACUACCAUAAACAAGAUCUAGAAAUUGUUAAAGAAGUGGGAGACAAGAAUGGGAUUGCCCAGGCCCUUUGUAGUCUUGCUACAAAUUUUGAAAGGCAGGAAUGUCUCCAAACCGCCCUCGACUAUUAUAUUUCUAGUAGAGAGAUUUUUAAUAACGUUCGGGCUAGUUUUCUGUUGCACGAUAACUGGAAGAUUUCGUAUCGAAAUGUUUGCAAAACAGCAUACAAUGGUGUUUGGCGCGUACUUUUACUGAAGGGUGAACACGUUAAAGCUCUUCUCGCUGCCGAGGAGGGACGUGCACAAGCUUUAAGAGAUAUCGUGGAUUUAAAGUAUAGCUUUCGACAAACCCUCACGUGGUCGAACUCUAGGAAAUGCUCUGAUUGUCUUUCAUUACGAAACGUUUCAUCAGAUGUAGUUUUCCUAGCAAUUACUGGACCUUACAUUGCUUUGUGGACUAUUCGGAACGGGGACGUCGUUCAAUCGAGAAUAAAGCAUGUGAACAACUUUCUUUACCAACGUGAAUUAGAAGUUUACAUUACCUCUUUGAAUAAGGCUGCUUCCUUGCAAGUUAGUGCAAGGGCUGCUGUUGAAUGGCAAAAAAGUUCAACUCAAGUGGGCCGAGAUGAAAAAGGAACGAGCGAUGGUUCUCCGCGAAACGCGACGACUAAUGCCCUGCGGAAGCUUUAUGAUAUCAUAGUUGCUCCUAUCGCAGAUCUGAUUGAUGGAGAUGAGCUUGUAUUUGUUCCUGAAGGUCCACUGUGCUUGGUGCCCUAUGCAGCAUUGGUGGAUUCGAAUUCAAGGUAUCUGUGCGAAUCUUUCAGGAUUCGAGUAAUUCCAUCCCUAACCAUUUUAAAAUCAAUCUCAGACUGCCCGACAGAAUUGCACAAUAAAACCGGUGCACUGCUCGUGGGUGAUCCAUGUUACAAGCAAGUCCUUUAUCAGGGUGAUUUGUUGAAUCAGCUGCCGGGUGCAAGGAAAGAGGUGAAGAUGAUUGGAGGAAUCCUCGGUAUUGCUCCUCUCGUUGGAGGGGAGGCGACAAAGGAAGAGGUAUUUAGACGAAUUUCCUCAGUUGCGUUGGUUCACAUUGCAGCGCAUGGUAAAAAAGAAACAGGAGAGAUUCUCUUGGCACCAAACACAAGUAGGACAACCUGUCAAGCUGAAGAGGAAGACUAUCUACUGACAAUGAGAGACGUGUUACGAGCCGAGCUGCGAGCGAAACUGGUCGUGCUAAGUUGCUGUCACAGCGCUUGCGGUGAGGUUAUGGCCGAAGGUGUGGUUGGCAUUGCGCGAGCGUUCUUAGGUGCCGGUGCUCGAUCGGUUCUGGUAUCCCUGUGGGCCAUUGAUGACGAUGGUACUCAGGAGUUCAUGAAACAUUUCUACGGAGCGCUGGAAGAAGGCAAGGGUACUAGUGAAGCUGUCAAUCAAGCCAUGAAGUGCAUGAGAGAGUCUGAAACGUUCAGCAAAGGGUAUUACUGGGCGCCAUUUGUACUCAUUGGGGACGACGUGAAACUGGAAUUAACGGAAAUUAAAAGGUAUCCAUCGUAA